AUGAGAAUGUACUGGGGAUAUACCAUCGCAAGUGUCGCUCUGUUUGCAGUGAACGGCAAAUGUUGGCCCUACGAUGAGACCCUCACAGACUAUAACAUCAACGAGAACCAAACCGCGACGAAUCCAUUGGAUUAUUGGGGAGAAUGGCCCGACCACACAUACUUUCCCUCACCGGAUAACUGGCGCUUUCCUGUAUAUACGCUCUUCCUUGAUCGAUUUGUGAACGGCGAUCCCACAAACGACAACAUCAAUGGAACACUGUUUGAACAUGACAUUAGUUCGAAUCAGAUGCGGCAUGGUGGUGACGUGGCUGGUCUUCUCGACACUUUGGAUUAUCUACAGGGGAUGGGAAUCAAGGGCAUUUUUCUUGCAGGAUUGGUGUUGAUGAACCAGCCGUGGGGAUCUGAUGGUUACUCUGCGCUCGACACGACAUUGCUAGAUCAACAUUUCGGGACUAUCGAAACUUGGAGAUCUGCCAUCACGGAGAUUCAUGACCGGGGGAUGUAUGUUAUAUUCGACAACACGGUGUCAACCAUGGGAGACCUCAUUGGUUUCGAAGGAUACCUGAAUACAACCACACCAUUUUCGACCAAGGAGCACAAGGCAUCUUGGAAGUCUGGUCGUCGCUAUGUGGACUUUGAGUAUGGCAACAAUUAUAAUGAAACAUGCGAUUAUCCUCGAUUCUGGAAUGAGACGGGAUACCCAGUUGACGAUUACGUCUACGACGAAUUGAGCGGAUGCUAUGACAGCGACUUUGAUCAAUACGGCGAUAUUGAGGCAUUUGGUGUGUUUCCAGACUGGCAAAGAGAGCUCGCCAAAUUUGCAUCCGUACAGGAUCGUCUACGUGAAUGGGUGCCUAGCGUGAGAGAGCGAAUCAUUCGUCACUCCUGCAUGAUAAUCACAUCCUUCGAUAUUGAUGGGUUCCGCUACGAUAAGGCAACGCAAGCCACCGUAGACGCUCUUGGGGACAUCUCUGGUGCAUAUCGUGACUGUGCUAGAAGUGUGGGAAAAGAGAAUUUCUUCCUCCCCGGUGAGAUCACUAGCGGGAAUACAUUGGGAUCUAUCUUUCAUGGAAGAGGUAGACAGCCUGACAUGAAGCCCGAAACUCUGGAGGAAGCAUUUCAAUUGACCAAUUCGUCGGAUAUUGCUUUCUUCCUUCGAGAUCAGAAUCAGCAAGCAACAGAUGCGGCUGCCUUCCAUUAUUCUGUCUAUCGCUCACUCACGCGAUUCCUGGGAAUGGAUGGUAAUCUGGCUGCUGGGUAUGAUAUUCCUGUCAAUUGGACCGAAGCGUGGUACCAGAUGGUUCUCACGAAUGAUAUGAUCAAUGCCAACACCGGCAAAUUUGAUCCACGCCACAUGUACGGAGCAACCAACCAAGACGUGUUCCGCUGGCCAGCUGUUGAGUUCGGGAUCGAAAGGCAGUUGUUGGCACUCUUCAUCACCACGUUGCACCUACCGGGCAUUCCGUUGCUGUUAUGGGGCGAGGAACAGGCAUUCUAUAUUCUCGAUGCCUCAGCUGCAAACUAUAUUUACGGUCGUCAAGCAAUGUCGCCAGCUACUGCUUGGAAAAACCACGGAUGCUUCCAGUUGAAUUCCACUCAAUAUUUCGAGUGGCCGAUCAAAUCAGGAAGAUUAGGAUGCCACGAUGAGACUGUCUCCUACGACCAUCGUGAUCCUGCUCACCCCGUGCGAAAUAUCAUCAAACACAUGUAUCAGAUGCGACAGGACUAUGGUGCCUUGAAUGACGGGUGGUGGAUUCAGCUUCUCUCGAAUCGAACACAUAACAUAUAUCUGCCAGGCUCCAACGGGGUGCCGACUGAGACGGGGAUUUGGUCUGUUCUGCGCAGUCCCUACUAUCAGAUGCAGGAUUUAGGGGAGAUGGGAAAUCAAACAGUGUGGUUUGUUUACCACAACGACAACAAGACAGUGGAUUAUGAGUUUGACUGCUCCGAUCCCAAUGCCGCCAUCAUCGCUGCUUUCGAUGCCAAUACCACCGUUAAGAAUCUCUUCUAUCCACACGACGAGUUGGAUUUGCAAGAAGGUCCAGUCAAGCUGGGCUUGAACGGCUCUGAGAAUCACAAUGGCUGUGUCAACCUGAUCAGCCUUGCCCCAUACGAGUUCAGGGCCUAUAUCCCAAAGGACAAAUUCAUCCCACCGCGUCCCAUGAUAACCAAGUUCUUGCCAGGGCAUGAUGUUCCAUUGCUCUCUUCCGUCGCCCCCGAUAAAAGCGAGUCUGUGGAAAUUGGGCUAUUCUUCUCCACUGAGAUGAGCUGCUCGAUGGUGACAGACUCCAUAUCCCUGCAAUCCACGACCGAAUCUGGAAAAAUACCAUCAUUGGACCGUGAUAGCGUCAGUUGCGAGAGUAUGUUGCCCGAGACUACGUCGUGGUCCGGCCAUAUUCCUUCCACCUGGGCUUGGAGAGCAACUUUGACAGGAGUGUACAACGGUGUACAUAAGUUGACUGUGAAGAAUGCGACAAGCACUGAUGGAAGAAGCACCGACGCGGUCGAUCACUUCCUCAUUCGGAUCGGACAGCACGACAAUCCGAUCGUGUUUACUUCCGCAAACUAUUCGAGAAGCUUACUCCAUGAGACUACGAAUGGGUCCCUAUUCAUUUCGCAGCAUGCAGCUGGAGCCGACAAAUAUCGAUAUUCCACUAACUGGGGCAGCUCAUUUUCCGAGUGGCUUCCCUAUGAAGGGGGAAAUCAUACCAUCACGGAGUCGCCUUGGGCAGGGACAAAGAAGCAGAGAUGGGAUGGGAAACAUGUUCGGAUGGAAUACUGGAGUCGCCUUACGGGAAGCAGUGACUAUGUUCAAGAAGGUGAUGGUGUUGAUUGGAAUCCUAAUCGCCGUCGCCGCUUUCCUAAUCUCUUCUUCAACGGACCAUUCAACCAGUAUGGCUACGAUGCCGGCUUGGAUAACGUUGUGAGACAGGAUAGUGAUGGAAUAUGGAAGUUCCGCUUCAUGGCGGAAUGGCCGGCCCAGGGUCAACUGAAUGUCUGGGGAAUCAAUCCUGACAAUCAGCCAGACCAAAGCUAUAUCUAUGGUGACUCGAAUGGAGACUCGAUCCUCGAUCGUCUUCCACCUUCAUCGCUCAGUGUGACAUCGAUCAAUAUAACCAACCACCCGCCUGAUCCCCAUCUGGCAUGGAGACUUCAUCUUGAUGACUCAAAUUUACAAUUCAAAUUGGUGCCAACAGGAUCCAAGUAUGUUCAAAUGGCUCUAUUCGUCUUACUCUGGAUCGUGCCGGCCAUCUCGGCAUGCAUUUGCGCGUUCGUGUUCAUGAAGACGUUCUAUCGGAUCAAGUUCAAUCAGACUGGCGUGAGCGAAAAGAGAACACUCGUCUCUGAGGAGCUCAUCAACAAAUUCAAACUUGGUAAUAUCGAAGAAGGCCAGUCGAGAAACCCCCUGGUGCGCUUUUCCAAUAAGUCCAGAUUUCUUCAAAGCAGCUCGGCAUUUGGCAAUCGAACCACCCACCGGCGAAAGGUGCUAAUCGCCACCAUGGAGUACGAAAUCGACGACUGGGCCAUUAAAAUCAAGAUUGGUGGCCUUGGCGUGAUGGCUCAGUUGAUGGGCAAACAGCUCGGCCAUGAAGACAUCAUCUGGGUUAUACCCUGCGUCGGUGAAGUUGCCUAUCCGGUGGACAAACAUGCCGAAUCGAUGUUUGUGAUGAUUCUAGGAAACUCUUAUGAGAUCAAAGUCCAGUAUCAUCAGUCGAGAAACAUCACGUACGUUCUGUUGGAUGCGCCGGUGUUCCGCCAGCAAUCUGCUUCACAGCCAUAUCCAGCUCGCAUGGAUGACAUGGACAGCGCGAUCUAUUAUUCUGCCUGGAAUCAGUGCAUUGCUCAGGCUAUGAAGCGCUUUCCAGUGGAUCUGUAUCAUGUGAAUGACUACCAUGGCGCAGUUGCUCCGUUGUAUAUCUUACCGGAAACGAUCCCAAUUUGCUUGUCGCUUCAUAAUGCUGAAUUCCAGGGCCUCUGGCCUAUGAGGACACAGAAAGAGAAGACAGAGGUGUGCUCAGUGUUCAACCUCGACAUGGAUGUGGUUACUCGCUAUGUUCAAUUCGGAGAAGUCUUCAAUCUGCUGCACGCCGGUGCGAGCUAUCUCCGCCUCCAUCAGCAAGGGUUCGGCGCUGUUGGGGUGUCCAAGAAGUAUGGAAAACGCUCAUAUGCCCGAUAUCCCAUCUUUUGGGGAUUGCGGAAAAUUGGCAAUUUACCGAAUCCUGACCCCUCUGAUACCGCGGAAUGGAAUCGGGCUCUACCCAAAGAGCGCGACAUUGAUAUUGAUGAAGAGUUUGAGAUGAGGAGGGCAGAUUUGAAGCGUCAAGCUCAAGAAUGGGCUGGUCUGACACAAAGACCUGACGCUGAGCUGUUGGUCUUCGUGGGCCGAUGGUCAAUGCAAAAAGGAAUAGACCUAAUCGCUGAUGUGCUACCCGGUGUCCUGGAAGCUCGACCCAAUGUCCAACUGAUAUGCAUCGGGCCUCUCAUUGAUCUAUACGGCAAGUUUGCCGCAUUGAAACUGGAUCGAAUGAUGAAAAUCUACCCGGGACGUGUCUGUUCAAAACCCCAGUUCACGGUCCUACCACAGUUCGUCUUCUCUGGGGCUGACUUUGCGUUAAUACCGUCGCGUGAUGAGCCAUUUGGCCUCGUUGCCGUCGAAUUUGGAAGAAAAGGGGCUCUUGGGAUUGGUGCGAGAGUGGGAGGCCUCGGUCAGAUGCCUGGCUGGUGGUACACGGUUGAAUCGACGACCACUUCUCAUUUGUUGAAGCAAUUCAAGCUCGCAAUUGACAGUGCCCUCAAUUCCAAAGAUGAUAUCCGAGCAACCAUGCGGGCAAGAUCUGCGAAGCAGCGAUUCCCGGUCGCCCAGUGGGUUGAAGACCUGGAGAUCUUACAGUCCACGUCGAUUCGAGUCCACCAGAAGGAGCGAGCCAAGACCCAGAGCCAUUCCGCGGCCGCUGGGGCGUACAACGCAAUAUAUGGGAUGAUGACACCGCAGUCCCCAUCGAACAGGUCCGGGACUUUAACGCCGCCGUUGUUUGCCUCGAGUCGUCCGGGCACCAUGGGGUCCCUCCAGCGAAGCUCCAUAGUGUAUAGUCGCGACCCCAGCCCCGGCGGUGAUGGCAGACCCAAAUCAGGACCUGGACGCCCGAUGUCGUCCGAUGUUCGACCGAUAUCUGCCAGUAUGGAUCCCCGCGGUCGGCGUGAUUUUGGCCGCAGCGGUGGUGUAGACGAUGAAAGUGCUGGCGACAGGGCGCCCACCGAAGCGGAGGAAGACAGUGAUGAGGAGCUGAUGUCAACCUGCUUUGGAGAUGAUGAUUAUUCCAUAUCAACGGAGGGUGUAGAUUCAGUUCGACCACAGAAUCCUCAGCCUGGUGGUGCACUCACUCGAGAAGCCCUCUCUGCUCAACGCGCAAGCCAAGGCUCUUUGCUCGCUCGAUAUAGCAACACGCCCUCCAGCUCAGCAGCACCAAGUACCGUGGGCACCGAAGAUACCCUGGUCCCCCCUUCGCGUCCUUGGACUGAGCCCGGAAAUCGGCUCAGCAGCGCAUCCGUGUUGUCCGUCGAUUCAGUGGUGGGAGAGAAGAAGGAUUUCAAGCUUCAAAAAGUAGACCCAUUCUUCACGGACAGCAAUGGAGAGUAUUACAAGGUUUUUGAGAAGAGGCUCGAAGAUCUCAACGGCGCAAAUUCGGACACGCAGCUCUGUAUUGAGCAGUACCUCGAGAAGAGCGAAAAGAAAUGGUUCAACAAAUUCCGCGACGCGCGCCUCGGCCGGAAUCAAGGAUCGCCAUCUAGCUCUGUUUAUCGAGGCAGAGGGGGCCCUUCGCCUGAUGGAUCUGUCACCAACGAUGACGCGAUAUCUCGCGACUCUGGCCCUGAGAGGAAGGCAGGUCCGCACGAUGAGUUCCUGCUUGGAGACGACUACAUCCCACCGACGGGACUGAGGAAGUGGAUGCAGAUUCGCAUUGGGGAAUGGCCUGUUUACUCCCUGUUCCUGGGACUGGGUCAAAUCAUCGCGGCGAAUUCAUACCAGAUCACUCUCCUUACUGGAGAGGUCGGUCAAACCGCUGAGAAGCUAUAUGGGAUUGCCACGGUCUACCUGAUCACCUCAAUCCUCUGGUGGUUCUUCUUCCGAUACUGCAAAUCUGUGCUUGUCCUCAGUGUUCCCUGGUUUUUAUACGGCACCGCGUUCCUGAUCAUCGGCAUGGCACACUUCGAGUCCAAUCCUUACAAUCGCGGUUGGAUCCAGAAUAUCGGAAGUGGUCUCUAUGCCGCUGCUUCGUCCAGCGGCUCCAUAUUUUUCGCGUUGAACUUCGGAGAUGAAAGUGGCGCGCCGGUUAAGCAAUGGGUCUUCCGUGCCUGUCUGAUCCAGGGCACACAACAGGCAUAUGUCAUCGCUCUGUGGUAUUGGGGGUCGACUUUGACCAAGGCCAGCAAUGCAGGAAUCGCAAAUCUGCAGGGUGGCAUUUCUAACACAUGGAGAAUGACAGCGAUAUGUACGCCCAUCACACUCUUCCUUUGGGCAGUUGGCCUUGUCAUCUACUUCGGCCUGCCAAACUACUACCGUCAGACCCCAGGCAAGGUCCCGUCGUUCUACACAUCGGUCUUUCGGCGCAAGAUAGUGCUUUGGAACUGGGUGGUGGUCAUCAUCCAGAACUUCUUUUUGAGUGCACCUUAUGGUCGGAACUGGAACUUCCUUUGGAUAACACAGCACGCCACUGGCUGGCAAAUACUCCUCCUCUGCCUGGCAUUCUUUGGGCUUGCCUGGAUCGCAAUUCUCUUCCUGCUAGCCAGACUAUCGAAAUCUCACAGCUGGAUCCUCCCCGUCAUCGCCUGCGGCCUAGGAGCCCCGCGAUGGGCUCAGAUAUGGUGGGCAACAUCCGGAUCAGGUCUGUUCCUACCCUGGGCUGGGAGUUACACUGCUGGAGCUCUCCUUUCCCGCAGCUUGUGGCUCUGGCUCGGUGUCUUGGAUGCGUUGCAGGGUGUUGGAUUUGGCAUGAUCCUCCUGCAGACACUGACCCGUAUGCAUAUCUGCUUCACCCUACUUGUAUCCCAAGUCCUGGGAUCACUCGCAACGAUAUGUGCCAGGGCGUUUGCACCAAAUAAUAUCGGCCCUGGACCCAUCUCGCCUGACAUCACAGCUGGGGCGGGUGCGCUUGCAAAUGCUUGGUUUUGGAUUGCUCUAAUUCUACAACUCGCGAUAUGGUAUGUCCUCUCUCAUCACCUGUCUUGGAUCUCACUGAUUGUUGAAUUCAGUGGCGGCUUCCUGCUUUUCUUCCGAAGAGAGCAACUCUCUAAGCCUUGA